AUGGCAUCUAAUGAAUCACCAAACUCGCGUCGUUCAUCAUUGAACUCAGUUCCAGUUCCUCCAUUUAAGAUUGUGGUCUUGGGAGAUUCAUCAGUAGGUAAAACUUCUUUGGUGCAUCGAUUUACAACCAACAAGUUUGAUUUACACACAUCCAAUACUAUUGGGGCUGCAUUUAUAACAAAAGUGUUUUCUCCAUUUCAGAAUGAAGAACAUAAAGUAAAACUAGAGAUUUGGGAUACUGCUGGCCAAGAACGUUACCGUUCACUUACUCCUAUGUAUUACAGAAACGCUAAAACAGCGUUGGUUUGCUUUGAUUUGAGUAAUUUUGAAAGUUCGAUUAGUGCAGCAAAAUAUUGGAUUCAACAAUUGGAGUUAAAUAAUUCCUCAGAUGCAAGUGACAAAGUAGAGAUACGCUUGGUUGGUACCAAAUUGGACUUGGCUCCAAACAAAAGAACGGAGAUUCAGCAUCAGAUCGAUGAGCUAAUAGCUCAACAACCAAACAUUAAACAGUACCAUGAAACUAGCUCAAAAGAAGGUACAGGUGUGGUGGAGCUAUUUAGCCAGAUUGUCAAAGACAUUGAUGAAGAGUUUUUCACAAACUAUUACGAGCAGACCAGGAAUAAUCGACAAGAUCAAAUUGGAAACAUGCUCAACACACGAGCAUCAUCUAUUUCAAAUUGUUGUUAG